AUGCAUACCAGCCGUUCUGGACCCUCCUCUGUUUAUAAGUUGUUGAGUGGCGAGCCAAUAGGCCUAUCUUCAGCAAAUGGAAACUCAUCAUUGACUAUUCUGCAGCCUUGUUACGAACAGUCAGAAGCACCUGCUUCGGCACCACAAGCAUCCGUGUCCCAGCCCCGAGAUUUGAUUCCAAACCCUGUGCCUCAUAAUUCUUAUAUCAUAUGUCAUAAGAGCACUAGGUUGUGUACUGGUUUCCAUUCAUCAACUUCAGAAAGUUCGAACACUGAAAAGCAUGUUGGAAACUCGAGAUGUUCUUCCCCACUCCCAAUGUUUGAUCAUCUGAUUCCUGCAACAAAUACUCCCGACUCCUCACUGCUCUUCGGAGAAGGUAAGACAACUACUUGUGACAAAGAGGACUUUGAGAAAUUCAUGGUCUUCCCUCAUGUCCCAGCAGAAAAUUCUACCGUCAUUCCUGAACAUUCAGCUUAUCCAAAGGGCACUUUGACUUUAAAAGAGCAGCUGCAGCUACAAUAUUUGACACGAGAGCUUGAGAUCGAAAUGAAUGGGAAUGGAAGUGAAAAUGAAAAUCCUGGCCUUGCGGAAACACAUAAAGUGCCACGAGUUGCUACAGUCCCAGUCAUUCAGUUGGAACAUAACAGAAACUGUCUUUCUUCGGUUGUUAAUCUUGAUGGUUGCAUACAUUCAACGCAUCAACAUCCUGAGGCUGUAGCUGCAAAUAAACAAAGAAUAAGAUGGAUGCCUAAGCUCCACGAACUUUUCUUAAACGCAGUUGACAAACUUGGCGGACCUGAGAGUGAGCUAAAACAUCCUGAGUAA